AGUUGUUCUUCCUGGCUGCCACCGUCAUGCUGCCCUCAAUAACCCGCCUAUCGCAGGCACCCUGCAGGCUACUUCUUUCCGUGUCAAGAAGGUACCAGUCCUUCUCUCCCCGGCCAUUCCGUGUUCCGAUUCCACAGAGAUCAUUCCAGAGUGCGACACCACUAUUGCAUAAAGCGGUGGAAAAGCCGAAAACUGGGGAAGGGUUGCAGGUGAACUACAUUACACCAGACGGCGAAAAGGUUACAGUUUACGCCAAGGAGGGCGAUAAUUUAUUGGAUAUUGCUCAUGCGAACGAUAUCGAUUUGGAGGGUGCAUGUGAAGGAUCACUGGCAUGUUCAACUUGUCACGUCAUUGUAGAGGACAAGUAUUACGAUCAGCUGGAAGAACCAUCGGAUGAGGAGAAUGACAUGUUGGAUCUGGCCUUUGGGCUGACAGAAACGUCACGGUUGGGAUGUCAGGUGAUAAUGUCAAAGGAAUUGGAUGGGAUAACGGUACGGCUGCCUAGUGCGACACGAAACCUGCAGGUAGAGAAGUUGCGAUGAUAGAACUCGAAGAGCUGGGCAUCAAGUUGCGGUUUCCAUGUGCGGUGGCCACCAUGGAAAAGCCAGCGCCUUGCGUUGUCUAACUGUGGGCCAUGCAUCUGACACGGAAAUCGAUUCAUGUAUUAUAGCUAGCAUUUUGCACUUUGGCCUUGCCAUUGGCACAGAAGGCUCCGAGAUGCAGUAAUAGACGAUGAGGCCAGACAAAGUGAGCAUACUCCUAAUCCACAACUGAUGCUUUCCACCUGAUUUUCUGCAAUGCUCCAAACGAAAUACGUGCAUAAAAAAAUGUAUUUUGAUAGCCUUAUGAAAACUUGAAAUAUACCACCAGUAAAACGUAGAGAAGAAUAUAACAGAAGCAAGAACAGGA